AUGGAACACGUUUAUGAGACUCGCCGGAGAACUACUUACCGGUCCAAAAUCUCAACGCAAGUGCAAGCUGAGGGCUAUCCGAGCUCACUGAACUGCCGUGUCACCCACCACGUCUGGAUUCCCAGAGGAGAAAGACUACAGUCGCGCCGGAUAAUGGCUCCUUUGGACGGAGAAGUCAAGUUGAAUCUGUUCUUCAAGCUUGGUAGAAAGGGUCUAAAGCCAGAAACCUUCAUCAACAGCAGUCUAUUCGCUGAGGUCAUCAACUCUUUGAAUACGCUUGGUACCGAUGAGACAAUCUCUAUACAGGGAAUCGGAGAGACCGAGGUAGUAUCGGACAUCUCAAGAGCCUAUGCUUGCGUUCCGUUGAAAUUGGUGCCUCUAGAAGAACCUCUGGAAAAGUCCCUGGCUCGUCGACCGAUAGCAAGACUAUCAUCAAUUGACUUGGAAUUUCAAUAUACCCCAGCUAGAAAGGAAUCUACUAUGGACGCUCCGACAAGACCUUUUACGGCCACCGACUUCGACUCGCUCAUUCAUGUGCAACCUUUGGUGCUUCCGUUAAAAUCGUCAUUGCAAAACUUUAUGAAGCGCUUUGUAAACCGCAACCUACGGCAUGAACUCCCUUUAGUUUUCAACUCCCAAUGGCAAAGAAAAUUACAAGACGGAAUACUAGAAGAAAGGAAAUUUGCACGUAUCCUAACGCGGUUUUCCAGACAAUUUAUCUCUGACGACGUUAGGGUUGAGAUUAGUAAUUUGUGCAAAGACGAGGAUGAAACUAAAAAGGCAAACGUGAUACUUGAAGAAGAAUGCCCGGAAGACAGAAUAGCGCGCAGGUUAUCCGAUCUCCAGAUAGACGUGAGCAAGCUCCCGAACACGACGGUUCCCCGCCCAGGUGGAUGUAGAAAGCGCUCCUCCGGCUCUAGUCUCGAUUUGGAAGCGGCCCCUUCAGAUCAAGUGGCGGCUAGUGAUCACGAGGAUAUGUGGGUAGAUGAGGAGGAAGAGGAGCAAAGUCACAUGGCGGACGAAGAAAGUAAUUCGGAUGUCUCUAUAUUCAAAGCCGCAGGGCUUAACAGCGAUUCAAGAAUGGACUUGUCCUGA